CGGCGCACUCCCCUCCCCCGAGCGCCGGCGGCGGGCACUGAAUGAGAGACGCCGACUGCUCGGCUGCAAGAGCGCUGCCUCGGAGCUGCGGGCGAAGCGGAGGCGACGGCCGCGGCUACACAGGAAUAAUGUAUUUGUGGCCUUGGACAUGAAGUAAUCAGACCUGUUGCUGUUGAUAUAGGAUCAGGGACUGAUGAGGGAAGCAUGGACCUAAUGAACGGGCAGGCAAGCAGUGUUAAUAUCGCAGCCACUGUUUCCGAGAAAAGCAGCAGCUCUGAGUCGUUAAGUGACAAGGGCUCUGAACUGAAGAAAAGCUUUGAUGCUGUGGUAUUUGAUGUGCUUAAGGUUACACCAGAAGAGUACGCGGGUCAGAUAACGCUGAUGGAUGUCCCAGUGUUUAAAGCUAUUCAGCCAGAUGAGCUUUCCAGUUGUGGAUGGAAUAAAAAAGAAAAAUAUAGUUCUGCACCAAACGCAGUUGCUUUCACAAGAAGAUUUAAUCAUGUAAGCUUUUGGGUUGUUAGAGAGAUUCUCCAUGCUCAAACAUUGAAAAUAAGAGCAGAAGUUUUGAGCCACUAUAUUAAGACUGCUAAGAAACUGUAUGAACUUAACAACCUUCAUGCACUUAUGGCUGUAGUUUCCGGCUUACAGAGUGCACCAAUUUUCAGGUUGACUAAGACAUGGGCGUUAUUAAGUCGAAAAGACAAAACUACCUUUGAAAAAUUAGAAUACGUAAUGAGUAAAGAAGAUAACUACAAAAGACUCAGAGACUAUAUAAGUAGCUUAAAGAUGACGCCUUGCAUCCCUUACUUAGGUAUCUAUUUGUCGGAUUUGACGUACAUUGAUUCGGCAUAUCCAUCCACCGGCAGCAUUCUAGAAAAUGAGCAAAGAUCAAAUUUGAUGAAUAACAUUCUUCGAAUAAUUUCUGAUUUACAGCAGUCCUGUGAAUAUGAUAUUCCCAUGUUGCCUCAUGUUCAGAAAUACCUGAAUUCCGUUCAGUAUAUAGAAGAACUACAAAAGUUCGUGGAAGAUGAUAAUUACAAGCUCUCAUUAAAGAUAGAACCUGGGACAAGCACACCACGUUCAGCUGCCUCCAGAGAAGAUCUAGUCGGUCCUGAAGUGGGAGCCUCGCCUCAGAGCGGGAGGAAGGGCAGUGCUGCAGAGGGGGCGUUACUGCCACAGACACCCCCGUCCCCUCGGAACCUGAUUCCACACGGACACAGGAAGUGCCAUAGCUUGGGUUACAAUUUCAUUCAUAAGAUGAACACAGCAGAAUUUAAGAGUGCGACAUUCCCAAAUGCAGGGCCACGGCACCUGCUGGACGAUAGCGUCAUGGAGCCACAUGCACCAUCACGAGGCCAAGCUGAGAGCUCCACACUUUCCAGCGGAAUAUCCAUAGGGAGUAGUGAUGGCUCGGAACUAAGUGAAGAGACCUCCUGGCCAGCUUUUGAAAGGAACAGAUUAUACCAUUCUCUCGGCCCGGUGACAAGAGUGCCACGAAAUGGCUAUCGAAGCCACACGAAGGCCAGCAGUUCUGCGGAGUCGGAAGACUUGGCGGUUCACUUGUAUCCAGGAGCUGUUACUAUUCAAGGUGUCCUCAGGAGAAAAACUUUGUUAAAAGAAGGCAAAAAGCCCACAGUAGCAUCUUGGACAAAGUAUUGGGCAGCCUUGUGUGGAACACAGCUGUUUUACUAUGCUGCCAAAUCUCUGAAGGCUACAGAAAGAAAGCAUUUCAAGUCAACAUCAAAUAAGAAUGUGUCUGUGGUGGGAUGGAUGGUGAUGAUGGCUGAUGACCCAGAGCAUCCGGACCUCUUUCUGCUGACGGACUCGGAGAAAGGAAAUUCAUACAAGUUCCAAGCUGGCAGCAGGAUGAAUGCAAUGCUGUGGUUUAAACAUUUGAGUGCGGCCUGCCAGAGUAACAGGCAACAAGUUCCUACAAACUUGAUGACUUUUGAGUAAAAGCCUGAGAAAAAGGAGGUGUACCAUUGUUCCUGCACGGAGCAAGGACCUACGGAGAGCGUCUGCCGCAUCAUCCUGCGUCAGGAAGAGCCCCCAGGCUCCAGCCCAGCCUCUGGAGCUCAGAACCAAAAGCACUAAUUUCAGGGAAUGAAGUGAGAUAUUCCCAGAGAACAAAUUGGAGUUGCAAAACAAACUGCCAUGAACUACGCUUCUUAUCUCCGAACUGACCUGUGGAAACCACUGCCUUAACAGAGUGCGAGGAAAACCAACACCAAAUAGUGUGUGUGAAUCUUCUGGCGGUGCUGUGCUUGGAAUAAAUUGUAGCUAAUUUGCGUUUCUUUUAACUUUGUACUAAUUUUGGAGAGGAAACCAUCUUUUUUUAGAUACACUUUAAAAAAGGAAAAACCUUUCUUAUGGAUUCCAUCAAGAGCUGUUUUAGGUGCAGUGAGAAGUACCCGGUGAGGAGCAGGCCAACAGCCCACCUGCAGGUUCUGCUCAGCCUCUGGUACUGGCUUCCUGGCACUUCCCCACAGCAAGACGUGGGAGUUGAAUGAUGAUAAUGCAAGUGUGGAGUUGUGUUUGCGAUAGGGUGUGCUUUACUUUGGAUGAGGUACGCAUUUAAACAUUACACUCUGGAAUUCAGUGCUGGAAGGAGACAGAACUCCCUGAAGGAGGUACAAGGGCUGAGUGCUCACCUUGCAGCAGGCUCCAGAACACGUGUUUGUUUCUAAUUGGGUUUAACUUCCUAUAUGAAUUCAUUGCUGGGCCACAAUUCUGCAUAGGAGAAUGGUAAUCCCAAGCUGAGGUUUCUAUAGAGUUUUCUGAAAUCUACAGUCAAGUGGAUUCUCAGGCCACAGUGGCUCGGCGUCGUGGCGAAAGCCCUGGUAUUACCUGGCCUUUGCCUUUUGCAGUGUUUAAUGUGCGUUAUGCCAGACUUAUUUUUAUUGCAUUUGUUUUUGUUCAGUAUGAGGUUCAAGAGCAUACUUGUUUUAAGAGAUUUCUUCAUAUAUAUGUAUGUAUUUUAUUGUAAGACAAAAAGAUUUUAAGAAGAAUAAAGGCAAAGUUUGCAGUUCUAGGAGUUAAAAAUAUAAAACUUUUUCUCUGUAUGACUUUCCCAAAAUGUACCACAACGUUGGUUUUUUGUUUGUUUUUGUUUUUUGUUUUGUUUUAGGAAGCUUUACUGUCGGUGUCCAACCUGAAAAUCAUGUUUUGUUAGUAACUGGCCAAACAGUUUUGAGAGUGCUCUCCUAGGCAAUAACACAUUUAAUUCUUAAAAUGAAUGUUAAACUUGAGAUAGCCUAAAUUUUAACCAAGAGUUGCACUUGAAUAGACCACUAUGGGCUACAGCUCUUCAUAGUGGCUCCACGUGCAGAGGCCUUGACUUACACCUCGAAGCAAACUGCUCUUUCUUUAGGUCUCACAUAAAAUUUCUCACAUUUGUAUCCUUCAAGAAUUGUGUGUUUUUUAUUUUAUCAUCAAGUCCAUUGGGCUUAAUUAGGAUAUACUGCGUGUACAGUAAUUAGCUAAAAAAGAAAUCAGUCCAAAAGAAAGCAAAGAGCCCUUUCUUAGUGUUUCUAAUUUCAGUAAUUCAAAUAUGUUUGUCGUGUGACAGAAAUACAUUAUUUGGUGUUUCAUUGACAAGCAAGGAAAGGCAAAUGUUGCCUGUAUGGAAUGAUUUUUCAAAUAAUGGCCUAAGCUUGCCCACGUUGGGUAUACAUAGACAGACAUUACCGAGUAGCCAGCAGUAUUACAGUAUAGACUUUGCACAUCUUACUUUUGUUUUGCAUAUUUUUAGCAAUCCCUUAGUUCAUUUUGCUCCUGAAAUGAUUUUUUCAAUAGUGCCCUUGCUGUUUUUGAGAUACUGUGAAUGGGAACCCUGUGGCUUUUUUGUUGUUACCUUAUCAUGCGUAAGCUAAAGCCGUUACAUUGUAGGUGAAUCGCAUCUGUGGAGAUUGGCAGCUAGCCGAGGCCGACCUCACCAUUUUGCCAAAGAAAAAGCACUGAGAUGGAAGAUGUGUUCGAUGUGCGCAGGUCUAGACACCUAUGGGUGUGGAGGGAAAGAACCAUGUUCAGAUUCAAGUAGCCAGCCCAUAUUAGCACUGUGCCCUCCAGCUGAAACUGAAACUAUUUUUCUACUUUAAAAUUUGCUGCAAACAUCAGUCAUUGCUUUUUAGGAUGAUUUUUAGAAACUGAGAGAUGAGUUACAUAGAGCAGGUUGAGUUUUUUAUCUAUAAUUCACAAAAUAGUAUCAUUAUAAUUGAAGCAAAGAAAAUAUUGCCAAACUAUAGUAAAUAUUUGAGUACUUUAUUUAUUGGAGAGUGGAUCCUGUUCCACUGAACCUCAGUUGUAAAGUGACUCACAGGCUCAUUGUCCAUGAACGUUAAAGCUCAUUCAUCAUUUCUCUCAUAGUCAAGGAGAACUCUUGAGAAAUUCGAUCAAAACGUAACAUAUACUUAGGCUAGUUUAGAAGCAGAUUGAAUGGGAUAUUCUAUGGCCUGUUGCCAGGUGUAUAGUGCUAGCCAAAUCUCAUUUGACAACCUAUUUGAACAUAAAGGCUUGUUUUUCCCUAAGUCUGUUUUUAAGGCGUACCUAUGCAAAUGACUGCAUAAUGCCCCAAGCAUUGUUUUGCUCUUUUGUGUGUUUAUUUUUCAGAAUAUUUUUGCUAUAGUGUCUAUACUGGAAGGAUCAAAAGAGAAUUGAUGAAAUACAGCAUUCUGUUUGAUUUUGUUCAGUGUGUAUUUGUGUAAACAAUUCAAAAAAGGAUCCAAUUUGGGAGUAUUAUUCUCUCUUUCUCCUUAGCAUAUGUUUGAGUGGCAAUUAUUUUUCCUGUGUAAACGGUACCAUCCACUGAUGUGCCACCUUCUGCAUGGUCUGUUGCUAUUGGGCCUCCGUGUUGAGUCCAUCAGGAGACUCAGAGCUGCAGCGUUUUCCUGCAAGAAUAGAGCCGCUUAGACCCCUUGGUAGCUGAAAUGGCUGCCUGGGAGUAGUGUAGCUUCCUCAGUCCCUGGGGAUUGUUAGCAUUUACCUGUCCAAAUGACUUCAGCAGAAAGUCUUUUCCUGAGGUUAAAUCUGUAAGUUACAUACAGUUAAAUCUGUGGGACAUUAUAUUGUUGGAAAUCAGUACUAAUAGACUUAAUUCAUUGGCUUUUUACAAGAACAUGCCUGAUGCUGGUUUCCUUCCUGUUAACUGAGGCACAUUCCUUUCUAACUGUUACCUUCCACAAACAAGAGGCACCAGUGUUGCUUAAUGGACGUUAAGGUUUAAUAAAAAGAAAUUCCCUGCCCCCCAAGACUUUUUAAAGAAUUGCCUCCUUUUGAAACAAAGCUGAACUUCAUCGUGCCGGGGCCAUGGCAGCAUCGCUGCUGCAAGAGCAAGUCUGACUUUCGCCUUCUUGUAGGGCUUGUGUUCAUUUUCUCUUUUAUAUUAUUUCUUACUGCCAUCCUGGUUUUAGAGCCAGGAAGGUAUUGCUUUUUUCUAAGCUUCUGAGACACAAAAUUGCUAUUAAAUAGUAUUGAUGAUAAAUUAUGUGUGAACUUUUUCAAAAUGACUUAAGUACCUUUUGGGUUUGCUUCCCUAAAAAUGGCUUGUGUCUAAAGUGACUUUUCAGUUUGAGAAUUCUACUGAAGAGAUGCAUACACUCCGCUUUUCAGCUCACUGAAGAUAGCUGCAUUUUACCUGUCUCCAGCCAUAGUGUGGGUGAAAUUGAAUCAGUGCCUUACCAGUUUGAAACCAGUUUCAGGGCAUUGAGGAUGGCUUUAACCAUGUGCUCUCUUAACCCUCUGGCUUGAGGGGUGUGCCAUCCCUCCCUCCACCCACUUAAUCUCACAGCAACCUGAAGAUGACUUUGUAGACAUCUGGAUGCUUGUAGCCCUCCCAUCUUAGUUAUUUUUCAGAUAAGCCUCCCUCCCUGUGAAUCUCUUGUCUGGGUAGGUUAAACAUAAGUGCACUCACAUUGGCCUUUUGAUCAUGCUGGCUGUCAGGAACCUCCAUCUGAGUGUAUUUAUAUUUUGUGUUGUUUUGACCUUCAGUUUAGUGGCAAGGCCUUUUGGGGAGAUCUCUAACGGAAUAAGAUAUAUACCAAAGGAGUUGUUUCAGUUUUAGUAACACUACUAAAAUAUUGCGAUGGCAGUCCCUUCAGCCAGAAACAAAAUUUAUUUCAGUUUCAUAUUUAAGACAGAAUGAACAAGCAGUCCCUUACCCUGCUGGUUAUUGCUUACUUGAAAAUACACAAGAAAGACAGCGCUAUUAAUAAAUCAGGGGCAAGAGACUAGGCUAGGUUUCUCAGCCAAAGCAAAGUUUAGAUACAUUUUGCUUAGGACAUUGGAAAGCCAGGAGAUACUUUCAUCUGUCUUGAGUAGAAAUGCUGUUUUCAGAUUCCUUAAAGAAUAGACACAUAGACACACAUGGUUUUGGAGCCAGUGAAAGGGUUAGCAGGUCCUUGGGGGUUAUUAGCAAAAUUUAAAAUCUGAUUCCAGCCAAUUGGUCUACAAAAUAGAGUUAAAGGAGUUCAUGGAGUGCUUGGGGAAAGGAGAGCAGAAAAUGUAAAAUAUCAGCAGGAAAUUUCAAAUUUGUGUUUCAAGUAACAAAUGUCAUGUCCCUGAAGAUGUCACCUGAUAGAACUCACAGUAUGGUUCCAAGAAGUAUUGAGUUGGUGGAUGUGGCUUAGAGAGCUGGUAGGACACCAAACUCAGUACCAAACUCGAGUUUCUACAGCUUGAUUGUUGAUGUUCAUUCCUUGACAGCCCACUGAAGGGCCUGGAAGGAGGCGCACAAACAUCUGUGGGGAUAAGUACCCAAUAAUAAAAAAGGAAAAAAGAAAGAAAACUUCACAGGCCACAUUCCUUCUUUGUCCCAGUUAACUUGAAGUACUUGAUGAUGCAGCGUUCACAUGCACUAUGACCUCCCUGAGUGAUGUGCAAUUUGGUUCCUCUCUGGUUUUGUUUCUUUUUAAUAUGCAGAAGUGAGCGUGUGAUCUUCAGUGUGUUCGCAUAAGCUAACUUAAGAUGAAUUUAAGAACAGUUUUCUGAAAUAUUUCUAUUGAAAUAAAUGGCUUAAAAUUA